UGGCAGAAUAGUAGUGCAGAGGAUAGAAAAGGGAAACAAUACAGUUGUCGUCAUCAUGGCAGACCCUUGGAAAGAGUGCAUGGACCACUGCCUUGAGGUGACCAAAGAGGCUGGGAAGAUGAUCCGAGAAGCGUUGCAGAAUGACAUCUCCAUCAUGCAGAAGAGCUCUCCUGUGGACCUGGUCACUGAGACCGACCAGAAGGUGGAGCAGCUCAUCAUCUCCUCCAUCAAGGAGAAGUUCCCCACACACAGUUUUAUAGGUGAAGAGUCUGUAGCGGCGGGAGCAACCAGCAAACUAACUGAUAAUCCCACCUGGAUCAUCGACCCCAUUGAUGGGACCACCAACUUUGUCCACAGAUUCCCCUUUGUCUCUAUGUCGAUUGGUUUUGCUGUGAAGAAAGAGAUAGAGUUUGGCAUUGUCUACAGCUGCCAAGAGGGCAAGAUGUACACAGCACGGAAGGGGAAAGGGUCAUUCUGUAAUGGAGAACCCAUCAAAGUGUCUGGGCAGGAAGACAUCACCAAGUCCUUGGUCCUGACAGAGAUGGGCUUUAAGAAAGAUCCAGAGCACUUCAAAACCAUGAUGGGCAACAUCGAGACAAUCCUCACCAUCCCUGUACACGGCAUCCGCUCGCCGGGCAGUGCGGCAGUCAACAUGUGCCUGGUGGCGUGCGGAGCGGCUGAUGCCUACUACCACAUGGGCAUCCACUGCUGGGACAUGGCUGGAGGAGCUGCCAUCAUUAGAGAGGCUGGGGGUGUCAUCAUGGACAUCUCAGGAGGCCCAUUUGACCUGAUGUCCAGGAGGCUGAUCAUUGCCAGCAGCAGAACCAUCGCAGAGCGCAUCUCCCAGGUGAUAAAAGCAUUCCCCGUAGGAAGGGACGACAUCGAGGGAUAGAGUACCAUCACACACACACACAUGCACGCACAGAGGGACUGACAGAUGGCUGCAGGUGCAUGCACACCCAGCAGGAAGUCCCCAGCAGAACACACAUACACACGUUUAGAUGAGUCAGGUCAAGAUCCUCUCUGCGCCUUAAUUGUUAAACUGGUGGUAUUAACCUUUCUCUGAAUGCACCUCAGUGGAUUUGCGAAAACAUAUCAAUGAAGACCAACUUUAUUCAUUUAAUUGACUGUUUGCCCCUCAAGGGCUUUGACUUGCAUCUCAUUUUUGGGGGGCAUUUAAGUGAGAACAGGAUUAGGAAAUGUGGUCAUUGUAGACCGACAUUUUCUGUCUCAAUCAUACACCACAUGGCCAAAGGUAUGUGGACACACCUUCAAAUUUGUGGAUUUGUUUAUUUUAGCAACACUCAUUGCUGACAAGUGUUUAAAAUCAAGCACACAGCCAUGCAAUCUCCAUAGACAAACAUUGGCAGUAAAAUGGCCUUACUGAAGAGCUCAGUGACUUUCAACGUGGCACUGUCAUAGGAUGCUAUCUUUCCAAUAAGUUAGUUUGUCAGAUUUCUACUCUACUAGAGCUGCCCCGGUCAACUGUAGUUGGAAACGUCUAGGAGCAACAACGGCUCAGCCGCGAAGUGGUAGGCCACACAAGCUCACAGAACAGGACCGCUGGGUGCUGAAGCGCAUAGCGCGUUCAAAUCAUCUGUCUUCAGUUGCAACACUCACUACCGAGUUCCAAACUGCCUCUGGAAGCAACUUCAGCACAAGAACUGUUCGUCAGGGGAGCUUCAUGAAAUGGGUUUUCAUGGCAGAGCAGCCGCAACACCAGCCUCAGAUCACCAUGCGCAAUGCCAAGCGUCGGCUAGAGUGGUGUAAAGCUCGCCGCCAUUGGACUAUGGAGUAGUGGAAAUGUGUUCUCUGGAGUGAUGAAUCACGCUUCACCAUCUGUCAAUCCGAUGGGCGAAUCUGGGUUUGGCGGAUGCCAGGAGAACGCUACCUGCCCCAAUGCCUUAUGCCAACUGUAAAGUUUGGUGGAAGAGGAAUAAUGGUCUGUGUCUGUUUUUCAUGGUUCGGGCUAGGCCCCUUAGUUCCAGUGAAUGGAAAUCUUAACGCUUCCUGUUUCAGCAUGACAAUGCCCCCGUGCACAAAGCGGGGUCCAUACAGAAAUGGUUUGUCGAGAUGAGUGUGGACAAACUUGACUGGCCUGCACAGAGCCCUGACAUCAACCCCAUUGGAAACCUUUGGGAUGAAUUGGAACGCAGACUGCGAAUCCGGCCUAAUCGCCCAACAUCAGUGCAUGACCUAACUAAUGCUCUUGUAGCUGAAUGGAAGCCACUCCCUGCUGCAAUGUUCCAACAUCUAGUGGAAAGCCUUCCCAGCUGAGUGGAGGCUGUUAUAGCAUUAAAGGGGGAACAACUCCAUGUUAAUGGCCAUGAUUUUGGAAUUAAAUGUUCAACGAGCAGGUUCUCCACAUACUUUUGGUCAUGUAGUGUAAGUUGCAUAUUUUAAAUAACUUUAUUAUAACUUGAACAAAUAACACGAACCUCAGCAGUAUAUAGCUUCCUUGACUGAUUUAGAAUAUUGAGUUACAAAGACAUCCAUUGACUUUCCACAAAAUAUAUAGGGAAAUCUGUAUUUAUUUAGAUCUGAAUUGUAAUUAAUUAUUUUCCUACUCUACUACAGUGCUAAAUACUUUAUAUGUUAUGUACUGUGAGGUAUAUUUAUUUAUUGCAGGUAUUGGUAUAAAAUGUUAAUGCUUUCACAAUAACUUGUUACCCACAUUUAUUAUUUUACAAACCUCUCAUAUUUUGAGUGACCAUACAUUGAAGCCUCACUCCAAGAGAACAUACCAUGUUGGGUAGCUACCUGACGUUAGCUUAUAAGCCAUAAAGAGUAUUGCAGAUAUCUUACUAUGAGUGUAGCUUUGUAUGAUUUAGUGACUAAAUAAAGACAUGUUUUGAGAA